ACUGCAUUCUUCUUUCUGGCUCUUCUGAAGCAGCUGCUUCUUAGCCUCCUCCUUUGCUUUUUUUUUGCCAUGGUGGUCAUCCGCUGGGGAAUCUGCUCUGCAGGGAAGAUCGCCCAUGAUUUCCUAGUUGCCUUAAAGACUUUGCCACCCGAGGAUCACCAGGUGGUGGCCAUUGCUUCUCGUGACCUCAGCCGGGCUCAGGAAUAUGCUAAGAUCCAUGGCAUCCCAAAGGCCUAUGGGUCUUAUGCAGAACUUGCUGAAGAUGCCGAUGUGGAUGUGGUGCAUAUAGGGGUAGUGAAUCCUUAUCACCUCCCAACCACCCUCCUCUUUAUCCAAGCCAAGAAGAAUGUGCUUUGUGAGAAGCCUAUGGGCAUGAAUGCAGCAGAGGUGAAGACAAUGGUGCAGGCAGCUCAAGAACAGAAAGUCUUCUUUAUGGAGGGAUUUUGGACUCGUUUUUUCCCUGCUUCUGAGAGAAUCCGUUCCUUGCUAAAGCAGGGUUCAGUUGGAGAUGUGAUGGUAUUUCAUGCUGAAUUUGGGAGCCCACAACUCUCAAUCCCCAGAUGUGUGGAGAAAGAGCUGGGGGGAGGUGGACUUCUGGAUAUUGGUUGCUAUUGCAUCCAGUUUGCCUGUAUGAUCUUCAAUGGAGAGAAGCCAGAAUCCAUCAUUGCCUCUGGAUUCCUGCAUGAUACAGGAGUGGACAAAACAGUAUCAAUCAUUCUGAACUACUCAGGUCAACGUCAGGCUGUCCUUACCUGUACCAUGACAGCCAAGAUGCCCAAUCGUGCAAGCAUUAAUGGCACCAAGGGCAUGAUUGAGAUUCCGUCAACCUUUUGGUGCCCAACAGAGCUAGUUAUCAAUGGGCAGAGUGAAAAAUUUCCCCUGCCUCCACCUUCCCAGAAAAUGCACUUCACCAAUAGCACGGGUCUACGUUAUGAAGCAGAACAUGUCCGACAGUGUCUUCUCAAAGGCUUAAAGGAAAGCCCAGUUUUGACCCAUGGGGACAGUCUGCUGAUCAAUUCAAUUCUAGAUGAAGUUCGCCAGCAAGUGGGAGUAUUAUAUCCUCAGGACAAAGUGUGACACAUUCUCAUUCUUUCUUAUAGUACACAAUCUUGGGCUCCUCAUAUUCCUCAUUUCAGCCAAAAUUUCCACUUGACCAUAAUCAGAUGCCUACAACUAUGUGUGCUAAAGGUGGCAGAUAUCCUGGAGCUUGUAUGGCCAAUAAAACAGCUUUUCCCAAAUGUUGAACUGUGUAUUUUUGGAAUAUUUUGGUUUCUAAGUCCAUCUAAGGAGGUCUGGAUAGGGGUUGUAAAAAUGAGCUAGAAAAGGAAUAAGAGUAGAAACAGAAAAGGUGGGGGGGGGGACAUGUUGGAAUAACGGGUA